AUGGAAAACGGGGAAUUCGCUCAAAUAUCAGACCAAAAGAUGGCAAGGCCUCGCGCUCGUUAUGCAUGUUUUAGUUGUAAAAAAUCUAAACGUAGGUGUGAUGGAAUACCAAAUCAAAGAGAAUGUAGUGAAUGCAAAAAGAAGAGACGAGACUGCAGUUUUUCUGUUUGUCCAAUGUGUCAUAAUAAAAACAAAAACAAUAUCAAUGAUAUUUGCGAUAAUUGUUACAGCAAAAGUAUGCAACGAAACUUUCAAAUGGAAUAUGAAAUUUAUAAUGGUAUAUGUUACGAAGACGGCAUUUCAUACAAUGACACAUUCACAUACGCUGCAAGUUCAAGUCCAUAUAGUAGUCUGCCGCAGUUUUAUGAUAACUUUUUCGCAAGUUUACCAAAAUGA